AGCAGGAAACCCAGCAGUACACCGACAAGGCCUGCGACAGCGUUAAGAGUGAACUGCUGGGAGAGGUGCAGACUCUGAAAGGCGAGGUCCAGGGCCUGAGGGAGGAGGUGGAGGCGGAGAGGCGGCGGCGAGAGCUGGCAACGUCACGCGGGGAGGAACAAGAAGCGUCACGCGUGCUGGCGGCAAGCACCAGGGUGACGGACUUGCUGGGGUCCUCGUGGGGCCCCUGGCAAGAACCCCUGGGCCCUCGCAGCGUUGUGUCAGAGCCAGCAGCUGCCGCAGGAGGUUGGGGAGCCAUCGGAGCUGCCCCCUUGGGUCCAACUGGCGCCCGAGUCGGACCCACUCACCCCGCCUCUCUGCCGCCGUCACCGCCGCCCUCUCCAUGCCGGCCGGCUAACAGCCCACGUGCUCCGCUUUCCCCCCCAUCCAGCCCCUCGGCUUCCCGCCGUUCGGGGAGGCGCAAGCCGGCGGAGUAUGAUGGGAAGGUGGCCUGGGAGGCCUAUGUUGCCCAGUUUGAGAUGCUAGCUGCUGCCCAGGGCUGGGACGAGGCUGAGAAGGCGCUGCAGUUGGCAACAGCGCUUCGGGGCCCGGCUGUGGAAGUGCUGGGGCACCUGCCGCCGGCCCAACGAGCCUCUUACGGGAGCAUGGCGGAGGCCCUGCGGCGACGUUUCGGGCACCACCUUCAGGCCGAGGUGUACCGAGCUCGCCUGAAGAAGCGGACUCGGGAACGUGGCGAGACACUGUCGCAGCUGGCGCAGGACGUGGAAGCGCUGGUCAGAAGGUCGUAUCCUGCUGCCCCGGAAGAGAUGAUCGUGGUGCUGGCCCGCGAUUUCUUUGUUGACGCUCUGCACGACCAGCAGCUGCAGAUUUACGUUAAGCAGGCGCACCCUGGGGACCUGCAGGUGGCGCUGGCGAGGGCCUUGGAAUUCGAGGCCUUCCUGAAGACGACCAGCGGCCUAGGGGCGGCCCCCCAGCCCCGCCGUGACCUCCGGGGCCGGAUGGCGAAAGUGAAGAAGAAGGCAGCGUCGAGGAAGGCGAGCCAGGAGGGCUUCCAUGGUUCGUGUUGGGGCUGUGGCGAGAAAGGCCACAGACGCAGUCGGUGUCCGAGGGAGCGAAGGACGCGUUCUCUCGACCGGCUGAGUUCUGACGCCUUCCAGCCUUUCUGCAAGAACUGUGGCCAGUCUGCACACCGCUCGAGUGCCUGCCCCGAGCCUUAGGAGGUCGCGCAGGCGGAAAACUCGGACAGGCCGGAGAGGGGGUCGAAUCCAGGCCGUCCACACUCCCCGGGCCCCGCCUUUUGUAAGCUGCCGCCGUACA